AUGGGUAACGUACAAGCUUCAUCCAAUUUACCACCGAUGCCGCCUAAUAUGACACCAAUUCCGCCACCCACGACACCGCAAAAGCUGCCUCCAGAAAAUCGCAUCGAAAACCCCGGAUCGGUUGAAGAACUACACAAGAAAUGCAAAGAACUGUUUCCUAUGACCUUUGAGGGCAUCCGACUUGUCAUUAAUAAAGGACUGAGCAAUCAUUUUUUCGUUAGUCACAGUCUACUCAUAGGAGCAACCAGUCAAACAUCAAACUACAAAUUUGGAUCUACAUUUGUAGGUACCAAUCAGGUUGGGCCUGGAGAUUUCAGUCCUCUUUUGAUAGGUGACAUUGAUCCCCGUGGAAAUAUUUCUACAAAUGUUAAUGUACAACCCUGGGAUAACGUCAAAAUCAAACUUAACACUCAGUUUCAAGAGUUCAAAACAAAUGGAGUUCAAACAACUGCUGAAUAUAGAGCAGACAGAUAUACAGCUACCCUGUGCUUAGUCAAUCCUGAUUUAUUCAAUUAUACGGGAAUUUAUAUAUCUCAGUAUUUAUAUGCUUUGAAUAACAAAACAUCGGUAGGUGCUGAAGUCAUUCACCAACGUAGUCCACAAAUUCCAAAUGGGCAUAUAACAGUAUUUAAUGUCUUGGGAAGAUAUAUAUAUGAUGAUGCUACCACAAUCAGUACUACAUUGAGUUUAACGGGGUUGCAAUGCUGCUAUCAUUUCAAAGCUAGUGAGCAACUUCAGUUUGGUGUAGAUCUUGAAGGUAGUCUUUUACAACGAGAUAUCAAUGCAACUUUUGCGUAUCAAGCACAAAUUCCUAAAUCAGAUAUCAACAUUAAAGGUAGCAUAGAUAGAAAGUGGAAUGUAAGCACGACACUGGAAAAACGUUUACACCCAAUGCCAUUUACAUUUGCAUUGAGUACUAUGUUUUCUCCUGCCAAACAUCAAUUAAGAAUGGGAGUUGGAUUUUUAGUCGGUUAA